AGUUGAGCACUGCCGUUCCAAUGGACUUCACACUGCUGCUGCUCACCUCGCUGCUCAGUUUCCUGCUGGGCUAUCUGCGGUACCGCUUCAGCUACUGGGAACUGCGGGGGAUUCCCCAGCUGCGGGCCCACUUCCUCCUCGGGCACUGCUCCAGGCUGCAGUCGGUGCACUUGAGCGAGCUGCUCCAGGACACCUACGACGCCUUUAGGGGCAGCGCCAAGGUGGCGGGCAGCUACGUCUUCCUGCGACCCCUGGCCGUCGUCCUGGACCUGGACCUGGUCAAGGCGGUGCUCAUUCGGGAUUUCCACAAGUUCGUGGACCGGCGCAGCUUUCACGGCGAUGCCCUCACCGCCAACCUGUUCAACCUGCAGGGCGAGGAGUGGCGUGCCCUGCGGACCAAGCUGUCGCCCACUUUCACCAGUGGCAAGAUGAAGUACAUGUUUGGCACUGUGGCCACGGUGGCCCAGCAGCUGGGCGCCACCUGCGAGGAACUGGUGGGCGCGCAGGGCGCUGUUCUGGAGCUCCACGACCUGAUGGCGCGCUACACCACGGACGUCAUUGGAAGCUGCGCCUUUGGAACCGAGUGCAACAGCCUGCGGGAACCGCAGGCGGAAUUCCGGCAGGUGGGGCGUCGCAUCUUCCAGCGCCACGGCAAGGGCAUACGGUGGCGCAUCUUCAAGAUGACCUACCUCACCUCGCUGGCCAAGCUCGGUCUACCGGUGCGCAUCUUUCCCCCGGACAUCUCAGAGUUCUUCAACCGCAUAGUUCGCCAAACGGUGGAGCUGAGGGAGCGCGAGCACAUCCGGCGGAAUGACUUUAUGGACCUGCUGCUGGCGCUCAGGCGGCAGGAGAACGGAGCGGGACUCACCGUGGAGCAGUUGGCCGCCCAAGCCUUUGUGUUCUUCGUGGCCGGAUUCGAGACCAGCUCCAGUAACAUGUCCUACGCCCUCUUCGAGCUGGCCAAAAACCAGGCGGUGCAGCAGAAGCUGCGCCUGGAGAUUUGCGAUGCGCUAGCCAGGCACGGGGAACUGACCUACGAGGCCAUGAUGGAGAUGCCCUACUUGGACCAGACCGUUACAGAAACUCUGCGCAAGUACCCGGCCCUCAGCUCGCUCACCCGCCUCGCCACCGAGGACUACGAGAUCCUCCAGCCCGAUGGGGGUGAACCCGUCGUCCUGGAGAAGGGCACCAGCGUGCACAUCCCGGUGCUGGCCAUCCACUACGACCCCGAGGUGUACCCGGAGCCCCAGGAGUUCCGCCCGGAGCGCUUUGCGCCGGCUGCCUGCCGGCAGCGGCAUCCCACCGCCUUCCUGGGCUUCGGCGACGGACCGCGCAACUGCAUCGGGCUGCGGUUCGGGCGGAUGCAGGUGAAGGUGGGCCUGGUGGAGCUGCUGUGCCGCUUCCGCUUCAGCCUGCCGCCCGGAGCGCCCACUCAGCUGAGGCUGCCCAAGGAGCAUGUGAUACUCCUGCCCAGCGAGGGCAUCCGAUUGCAAGUCGAGCCAGUGGAUUCAGUCGAGUCGCGCCUAAUGUAAACACGAUUCGAAGCGGGAAUAAACAACGCAGCGCAGCCCGUCAUUCCGUCAGCAGAAUAUUCAAUUAAACUCA